AUGGCUGCUUAUUCUCACUUGCCUGGUUUGCAAAGGUAUGCUGACCUUUCAGGGUCAGCCUCGGUGGCAUCUUCCAGUGGACCGCCAAAGACAUUCGGGAAUAAGGACCUCGUGGGCGUUCCUGCAGGGCUUCUGUAUGAGCUAAGGGUCCUCGGGGACAUGUUUGUUGUAACUCGGUCUGAGUUGAAAAGCAUCACACAGCAAUUCCUUCUAGAGCUCGACAAAGGUCUUACCAAGGAAGGUGGUAAUAUUAAAGGAACAUAUAUUACUAUAGACAUGGGAGGGACAAAGUCACGAGUGUACCAAGUCGAACUGACCGUUGGAAAAGGCAAGUAUGAGCUCCUGCAACAAAAGUUCUGUAUGCCGGAUGGUCUCAGGCUCAAGUCCAAAAAUUCAUCCGACCAUGGUCUGGCAUUGGGACGAAUCUUGCCGUUAUCUUUUACCUUCUCGUUCCCAGUCACCCAGUGGAAUAUCCGGAGUGGGAUCCUACAACGGUGGACAAAAGAUUUUGAUGUCGCCAGAGUGGAAGGCGAAGAUGUUGUUCCACAGUUGGAGGCAGCCCUUGCAAAACGGAAUGUUCCAGUCAGGAUCAUCGCCAUUGUCAAUGAUACAACAGGAACACUUAUGGCUUCGAGAUACAAAGACCCUGCCAUCAGAACCGGAACCGAGGCAAUACCAAAGAUCAAGGGGGCUGAUAUUGUGCCUGAUCUACAGGUUGCCAUUAAUACUGAAUAUGGGGCCUUUAACAAUGACCGGAAGGUAUCACCGAGAACCAAGUUUGACCGUGCCAUCGACGAAGCUUCUCCACGGCCUGGCCAACAGCUAUAUGAAAAGAUGGUAGCGGGGUUGUACAUCGGGGAGAUUCUUCGUCUCAUUUUGCUGGACCUUUAUGGACAAAACAACCUCUUUCGGGGACAUGACACUUCAUUACUACGCCAGAAGCAUAGCAUCGACGCAUUAUUCUUGUCAACUAUUGAGAAGGACAAAUCGAAAGCAUUGCAUGAGAUUUCGUUCAUAUUCAACAAGGCUCUCGUCAUCAAACCCGCAGUUCACGAGCUGAAAGUAGCCCAAUACCUAACAGAACUAUUUGCAACUCGUUCUGCGCGGCUUUACUUGUGUGGUAUCGCAGCAAUCAGUAUGAGGUGCGGACUCAACGCUUGCCAUGUAGGCGUGGAUGGGUCGAUGUUUGAUUGGCUCGACGACUUGCGUGAUCCUAUUACGCUGCAUUCUGCUGAUGAUGGUUCGGCAGUAGGGGCAGCUCUCAUUGUAGCUUUGGUAUUGGAGACUUCCAAAGAAACUGGAAUGCGGUUCCGAAGUGAAUUAGCUAACAUCCCAGUCUUUGCCAAACUCACCUCAUCUCUGACAUCUCUCGGUAAGAUAUGUUGGCUAAGACUGGAAAGUGACACUGUGCGGUUCACCAUUAUCCCUGAUCAAGGAACGCAAGUGUGGGCUGCAUUGCCGGCUGACUCGAUAUUUGAUGAAACCUACACACUUGAGUCUGCAGUUGGAGUAAUAAAUCUUGAGGUCCCUAUCGGCUCGCUGUCUCGAGCCCUGCGAUCUGCCGUUGGUUCAAAAUCUGCUCAAUUACGAUUGACUCGAAAGGGAAGGACCCCUCUUCUUGCAUUAACUAUUGUCACGUCUUCGUGGAAGCCAACUAAUGCGCCCUUGGGCGUCGACGCAAACGAGAUUUCUGCAAUUGAUGAUGAAGCUCAGACUGGCGAGGGGUUAAUGCGGCCCCCUAGAGUUGGUGGUCGCGACCGCGAGACAGUAAUUACCCAAGAGAUACCAAUUAGAUUACUGCAUCAAUCUGCAGUCGAUGGGUUGCAUGAACCGCACUGUCGCGAACCAGACAUACACAUCAUCUUGCCGAGCCUGGCUCAGUUGAAGGCCAUCUCUGAUCGCUUCACAAAGCUUGCUGUGAGCAAUAGCAAUAUUAAUGGAAAUCUAGCGUCAUCUUCAUCGGCGUUUGGUCCCAAACUGGAAUUGAGUGCUAAUAUGCAUGGUUCCCUCAAACUUGGCAUUGCCACUGAUUCAUUACGCAUUUCAAGUGUCUGGACUGGGCUGGUGAACCCGGCACUUGACCCAAAUCAAUUGUCGGACACAGAUAUAAGCGAGUUGCCUAGUGAGAGAAUGAGACGACUGGGUGCCGAAUCCAAUGGGGACGAUGAAGCUGGAUGGGCUAAAGUGAGAAUCGAUGGAAAGGACUGGGGUAGAGUCCUCAGCGUCGGGAGGCUCAGUCCAAAAGUUGUGGCUUGCUUUAUCCACGAAACCGCCCUUAUACUUUAUGUUUACCUGCGGGGUGGAUUUUCCGGGGAGGAAUCUUGUUUGACAUAUUAUAUCAAUUCUUAUGCGGCUUGA